CGCCCUAUAAUGCCAAAACCUGGGGACUAGUUUCGAUAUCUUGUUUUUCUUUUUACUUUUGUUGCAAGGCAAGGUGUGCAUCGUGUUGUCGUAUUGACACCAAAUAUUGACCUCUGAAAAAUGUCGGGGAAACCAAUAUUAACCAACAGGGAGCUAAAGAAUAAAGCUACUGGCAUUGACCUUUAUGUAUCUGACUAUCAAGAAAUACCACACAGACUAAAAAAUACAUUCUUAUAUCAUGUCAUUGUUGUCACAAAUUUAUUUUAUUACAAAGAUAGAGAGCAUAGAGAAUCAGACGUCGUCCAGUUCAUGGUAUCGAAAUCAUUUGAAGAAUUCGAAGAUUUGUACAGCAAACUUUACAAAAGAUUCCCAAGUGUUAAUUUUCCUUCCUUGCCAAGCAAGACCUUAUUAUCAUCUAAUGUAAAUGCUAAGCUACAAUGUAUGGAUGAAGUAUUGAAACUGGUUGCUGUAACACAGAAGUUAUGUUCGAGCCCUAUGGUACUGUCAUUUUUAAAAGGGGAACGACAAAAGGAUGUUCAAAAAAAGGAGGAGGAACAAAAAAAAGAAACACCAGUGGAAGUUAAAAAACAAGAAGACAUUGAAGAGGUUGAAGACGAGGAUUUGUUCAAAAAUAAAGCAGAAACAAAGAACACAACUGAAGAUAAAGUUCUUAGCGAAGAACCUGUCAAAAAUCUAAAUAGUUCUAACACAAAAGCACAAUCGCUCUUUGAAGAAGAUAGCAAUGAAAAUGACGACGAUAUAUUUUCACCAGCCAGUGUAAGUAAAGGUGAUGUUGGUCCCAAGUACGACGAGUUGGAUGGUGAAGAUGAGUCCAGUUUAACAGGUUUGACUGACGACCUGGAUGAACUUUUGGCAUUGAGAAGAAAUUCGAUAAAGCAGUCUGCUAUCAAAGUACAGAAGCCAGUAGUUACUCCACGACAAAAAACUAGCCAGUCAAACAAUACAGAUUUAUUUACGCUUGAAGAUGAAGAAAAGGACAGCAUGUUUAAGCAACCAAGAACCCAGUCUUUUAAGAAAGAUCGAAAGAGCGAUGAUAUCUCUGAUAUAUUUCAAAAGAAUAAGACGUCAUCAUUGUUUGAAAACGAGGCUGACGAUGACUUGUUUAAAUCAUCCACAGUAGGAAAUGUGGACAGCAUGCAACAAGAUGACAUUCUAAGUUACAUAAACAAUCAGCAGAUGUAACAUUAAACUUUAUACCCAGUCUUUUGUGUAUAUUUGCUCGCCAUCUGUAAUGUGCAAAACAUCGAGAAAGUUGGUAAACACGUAUAAUUUACUAGCAUGGAAGUCAUGUUUAUUAAGUCAAUAAUCUUAACUAUUUUAGUGACUUAAACUUCAGGGGUACUAAAACAUAACUUUUAGCGAAUUUAUAUAUAAGAUAAAAGACGUGAGUGAUAUUUUAUCGUUUUUACUGUAAUGCGAGUUCUUCUUUUUAACAAAUGUUGUACGCACAUACGAUGCAAUUCUCCUCCACAGUGUUUAAUGAUGGCGGAAAUUAAUUUCCCAAUAUUUUUCGAAAAUUUUUUCGCAUUAAAAUUUCUUACAAUAAUUCUGCUUGUGCAAAUAGACCGAGAUUUAUAUAAAAAAUUGCAAGAUAUGUAGAAAUAUUUUGGUAUUUUCUUGUGCGUUUUUAUAUAAUACGUCGCUAAUGUUAUAAUUUUUAAAUUUAGAAUCAAAUUUUUGAUAAAUAUUUCCGUUACUGUACUUGUCUAAAAUCUUUGUUUUCGUUGCCAGUCAUACGUUAUUGGAGUUAUAUCCAUUGUUUUUCAAGACCUUAAUGAAAAAUACUGGUACACUUCUACACUCUUUUAUAAGUAUAGCAUAUUUUUUUAGUGUCAUAUUCUUAUGAAAACUUACAGAAUGCUUAUUAAUGUUGGUCAGUCUUAAGUCAGUUUAAGUCUGUACCAUUUGCGCAGAAUGUUGUACCAACCUUAAUAUUUUUUAACUUUGAAAAAAAAAAUUCGAACAGAUUUGUAAUGCAAUUCAAGCAGUUCCUUUUCGUUGAUCAAAAAUGUUCACAGAUGAAUUAUUUUAAUUUUAAGAUCUUUAUAUUGUCUGUAUUACCUUUUGCAAAUUAGACCCAAAUUAUUACGCUCCUGAAGUUCAGGAGUUAUGCUUCAAUUAUGCUUGAUUUUUAUUUUGCGACCUAUCAAGUUUAUGCUUACAAAAAAAUAAAAGUGUGUUAAAACCUUGGGAAGCAUAAAAAUACUAAAGGAGUGAUAUGUAUGUAUUUGUAUAAUUUUAUAGUUUUUGGUUUUCUUGAUGUUUUAUGUUACAUAAAUAGAGAUAUAAAUAAAUCAUGUUUAUUAUCCGCCUUGCGAGUGUUACGAGUACAGUUGGCGCUAAUCUGUGCGUCUUUCUUUGUAGUCCUUGUGAUUGUUACAAGGUUAGUGGGGCUAAUAUCUGCGUCUUUCUUUACAGUCCUUGCGAGUGUUACGAGUGUAGUGGGCGCUAAUCUGUGCGUCUUUCUUUGUAGUCCUUGUGAUUGUUACAAGGUUAGUGAGGCUAAUAUGUGCGUCUUUCUUUGUAGUCCUUGCGAGUGUUACGAAUGUAGUUGACGCUAAUCUGUGCGUCUUUCUUUGUAGUCCUUGCGAAUGUUAUGAGUGGUUAAAAUUUAUAGUAGUUGUAAUAACCUGUGCGUUGUUUUUCGCAGUCCUUGUGAUUUUUACAAACGGUUGACAUUGAUGGUGGCGGCGCUAACUUUUCUCCGUUUAUUUUUGCGGUUCGUGGCCAUUCUCGUCCCCAGAGCUCUCUGAGGUUAUCAAGAGCUCCAGAGACGAAAAUGGUUGUGCCAUAAAUAUUUUACUGCCACAGCACUGAAUUAUAUACAACUCACACGGUCCAGUACUUUGUUUUUGAUCUAUAAAAUGAAAUUGGGCUAACAAAGUUAAUUAUAGCAGAACCUCUCUUAAAAAGGAGACAAUAAAUUUUUUGUCCCCUUCAGAGAGACAAGCUGCUCCAAUAACCCGUCUGCAACCUCGUCUCCAAGGUAUUUUGCCUUUUUGACAUCCAGCAGACCGUCAAGUAAGCGCUAACGGCUUGGACAUAGCCAACAAACCCUGGGGACGAGAAUACCCCCCUCUGUCCAUCGUAAUUUGCUAAAGAAAUCGGGUGCACAAGUUGGUAAAAAUACCUUACAUAUUUUAAAUUCUUUAUACGUAAUAACUAUAAGCCAUCAUUUAAAAUCACAAA